AUGCCGGGCAGUGUCCCAAGAGUGGAGAUCAGCGGGGCAUUGGGCGGUGCUGGAGGUGGAGGCGACGCCGAUUGGGCGUUGGGCUACGCAGGAGACAGUGGUUGCACUAGAGGUGGAGGUGGCACCGACGGGGCGUUAGGCUACAUAGGAGGUAGUUGCGGCGCUGAUGAGGUGCGGGCCAGAAUGGGCAAUGUCCAACUUGGACCUGGUAACCUUGGGAGGCGCACGAGCGUAAGGAGAGGCAUUGCCCUAGGCGUACUUGACUGCGCCGAGGCCGAAGAGAGAGGGGGCAACGCCUUGGUCAGCUUGGGCGAGGCCAUAGACCAUGGUGGUUGUGAUGCUACUAACGAUGAAGGAGAUGUCGCAGGGGACAUGCUGGGUGGCGCCCUAGGUCUUGGCGCAGAGGGGCAGAGUGACUUAGGUAGACAAAUUUUAAGUGGUAGAUUGUCAAGUGCUCAUUCCGACAGAAGCAUGGCAAGACAGGCCUCCCAACUAGGAAAGAAAAGACACAGGUGGGGCAUCGGUCAUGAUUGA